AUGAACAAAGGAAUUUUUCGCCUACCAUCUGAAUUUAAUGAUGAUGAUCUUGGUCCAUGGGAUGUUCUACUUAGUGAUUACGCGAUCAGAGAUAUGCGAGGGUUGGAGCCUCUCGCGAUUAAUGCUGUCAUGGUGAAACUCAUGCAGAUAUCAAGUGGAAAAUGGAAAAAAUACAAUCUCCAACAUACAGUACAAUCUCACUCUCACAUCAUACCUAUUUAUGAGACGGAGCUUCCAGAUAAUGAUGGCUUAAAAAUUCUCUGGCAGGUUGAUUAUGGAUUUUCUGUUCUCUACACUUCCGAGCAUAAAAACCGCUGCAUAUCCCAACAUAUCAGUAAUAUCAUUUUACCUGCAACCUUUGGAAAUGAAGAAGUAACAAAGUCUACCAAGAGCAGAUUGGAUAGUAUUCAAAUUGGUGAUGAAAAUUUGUUGAAGAUCCAUGAAAUGCUUACCACAAAUAAGUUUGUUCCAUUAUCAAAGAACUUGUUUAAGCCACUUGUCAAGGGUGGCACUGAUCUUAAUUUUCAAUUAUCUAAGAUCGAGCACGAAAUUAUCAACCAUCCUAGAUCAGCAAUUGUUGUUGGUCGUUCUGGAACUGGCAAAACCACAUGUAUUUUGUUUAGACUUCUUGCAUCAUACUUGAAAAGUCAACUCAAUUGGAUAUCAUCUUCAAACAACAACGAGGAGACAUUAUCUCCAAAUGACAAUGAUGAGAAAAGGCAAAUAUUCAUUACAUCGAGUGAACACCUUUGCUGCAGAGUAAGGGAACAUUUCAACAAGCUGCGAGAGUCAGCAUUAUUUGCUAAUGAAAAGAUGCCUGCAGCUCAAUUUCAUGAGUAUGUUAAUUUUGAUGCAACAAAUGUCACAAAGCUUGAAGAGGAAGAUAUGUUGAAUGACAUUCCAAAUUCAUUCCGUCAACUGACAGAUGACCAUUUUCCAUUGAUAAUUACCUACAAAAAGUUUAUCCGAAUGCUCCAGGGAACUUAUGGCAUUGAUUUUCAGAAUCCAGUCAAACAACCAAAAUUCGAUGCAAAUGAUAAUGAUAAUCAUACAGAUGAUGAUGACGGGAAAUUACACCAACAAGACUUUAUCGGUAGUGUGUCAGAUGUAUCAUGGAGGCACUUUGUAGACUAUAAACUCUUUGCAAAUAAAUAUUGGCCUCAUUUCAAUGAUUAUUAUAGGAAAAGAUUUGAUUGUGAACUGGUAUUCUCUGAGUUUGCUAUUAUCAAGGGUUCUAAUCCGGAGGGUAUACACCUAUUAAGAGAGGAAUAUCAGAAAAUCAGCACCAAGAAAUACCCAGCAUUUCGUUCAAAUCGUGAUGAAAUUUAUGACUUAUUUCAACAAUACCAAAAAAAAAAGUCCCAGAAUUUCGACUAUGACUCAAUAGAUAUGACUAUUUCUAUCUUACGUUGUGCCAAAGCAGAACCACUUGCAUUUUUUUUGGCUGGAGAUAUAUCACAAUGUAUUGCAAAGGGCUCAUAUUUCCGAUUUCAAGAUUUGAAGGCUUUGUUAUAUAAUUGGGAACUUGAUCGAUCUAAUCUUAUCCACCGUUGGCCUAACAACAAAAAAUCAAAAAAACCAAAACAGCCAGAACAGUUUGAAAUGAAUAUUAAUUAUCGUUCACACAAUGGUAUCCUUAAACUUGCUUCAUCAGUGAUCGAUCUUAUUUCUCACUUUUUUCCUGAUUCCAUUGACCAGCUACGUGAAUGUGGCGAAGUUGAUGGUCCUCGACCUAUUGUCUUCAACGGGUUUGAGGCUGAAACAUUCUUUUUCCAUGUCUUCUCUGUAGGUGAGAAUGUGGAAAAUAACAUUGAAUUUGGUGCUGAGCAAGUCAUUAUUGUACGUGACGAUGAAACUAGACAGCGCGUGAAGAAAAAAAUUGGUAAUGCUUUUGUAUUGAUAUUAACGGUGCUUGAGUCCAAGGACAUGGAGUUUAAUGACGUGCUGUUGUAUAAUUUCUUCACUGAAUCACCUGCACAAUCAAAGUGGCAAGCAAUCCACUCUGCUUUUGACUUUUCUUACGAAAAACAUUAUAUCCUUUCCUCAGAGCUCAAACAUCUUUAUGUUGCAGUGAAAAGAGCACGGCAGCAAAUUUGGAUAUAUGAUGAAAACUCUGAGUGGAGCGAGCCAAUUCGUAUGUAUUGGAAGCAUCGUGAGCUGGUCAAAGUAAUUGAAAAUGUGAAUAUGAUUGAAGAUUUGCCUUCCUUGGCCAAGAAAAGCAGUUCAUAUGAAUGGGAUCAAAAAGGAAGGGUCUUUUUUGGACAAAAGCAAUACGAACAGGUUGCCAGAACUUCUAUAGAUGAUUUUGAUGAUACCAUUAUGAAAUUCAAUUUCGUUCGUGCUGCCGAGGCCUUCAAAAAGUGUUCACGACCAAUCCAAGCAGCUUCAUGCUAUCAGGAUAUCAACAUGCAUGAAGAAGCCAGUGACAUGCUUGUAAAACGGAAUAUGUUUGAGCUUGCUGCUGGUUGUUACCUUAAAGCCAAAAAAUGGGACAAAGCGGGUAAUAAUUUCCAAAAGGCAGAGAAGUAUACUGAAGCUUUUGAUGCAGAAGUAAUUAGCUUGAUGCAAAGAUACAAACAAGAAAUUGAUGAGAAGACAUUUAACCGCAUUUCCCGUCUUGCAAACAUUCAUUAUCGUCGAGAAAAUGACAAAGAGAUGAGUCAAAAGGCUCUUGAUAUUCUUCCUACACAAGAGGAAAGAAUGGAGCUUCUACAAGACCAUGUACCAGAAGAGCUGUCGGAGGUUUAUGAGAAGAGUGGUGAUUAUUUCUUUGUUGUUAAAGAACUAUGCUCACAUGGAAAGUUUGAAGAAGCAACUGAUAAGAUUAUCAGCUUGAAAGACAUCAACUCAAAAGACACCAUUGAGGCAUUAAAGUCAUUAAAGUUGAUUAGGCUUCUUGCCAAGGCAAGUAAUUUUGUCAAGAAACUCAGAUCACAAUCAUUGGAAAGAUCUGAGGAGUGGAGAAGCUUUAUGAAAGAGUUUCAAUUAUACUUGGCUUAUUUAGAUGGGGACUUCAAUAGUGUUCAUAAGUAUAUACAAUUAUUUAGAAGUUGCAGAGAGCCUGUUGCUGAAUUUUGUGCAAAAAUCCACUUCUUCAUAUGGGAUGAAAUUAAUCAUAAAAUCGUAGAUGAUUGGCAUGUUUAUGAAGUGGAUGUUUUGCACCUGAAAAUGAAGCAAUUCCUUGCUUCACACAUCUUUGAGCUCAUCUAUGAGGUUGACUAUAAAAAUAAUUCUAUUCCAGAUGUAAGUUCACACAUCUGCCAAUUUUUUGCAUCCUGUCAAAAAUCAGAUUGCAGAAAUCAUCAUGUGGUUCCAACACCAUUAGUUCUAUAUCAACGCUUGAAACUUGCAAGUCUUAAUUAUACUGUUGUUCGACAGUUGGAUGUAAUAUUUCAUCAACAUGAGCUACUUAGAGAAGAUCAGAGUGUAAAGGUUCUUGGAAUACAAAGACGUUGGGCUGAAAAACUUGUUAAAUUUCAUAUUCGUUAUCAAUCACCACAAAUAAGCUGUCCAGAAAUAACUCAAAUGAUACUCUCAGAGCUUCCUAAACACACACGUUCUGGACUUAUCCAGCUUGCUCAAAAUUUAUGGUUGUUUAGAGAAUGUGUGAAUGCAGACAACUUUGCAGUUAUGUUAAAAUGCAUGUUUAUUUUGCAACAGCUGAGGGACAAAUUGUGUGUUGAUAAAUUUCAUCAGGAAAUGUCAAAAACAAUAAAGCUUUUAUACCCUUAUGAAUGCCCAUUGGUUUUGAGGGCUAUGGACAUCACCAAGCAAUUCCAGUUGGAAGUUUUUAUUCAAUAUGCUAUAAACUACACUCAACAAGUCCAACUGGAUAGCUCUGAUGCCUUUGGUGAUCUUUUAUCUCUCAUGGAGUUUACAAUAUCAUUGAUUUUUGCAGCUAGUCCUAAAUAUUGUGAUUUUUGUCUCCCUCAAGCAUAUCUUGUUAAUUAUUUUAAAGCAUUUACUGUGAAACCACUCACUAUGGAUAGGCAAUAUGCUUAUGACAGAGAAAACUAUUUAGCUGCAAUUGAUGAUUCUUUCAAUCAAGUUAAACAGUUUCUUCUCCAAAAGGAAUGCGGAUCGAAUAUUACCCUUCGACUGAUACAGCUUUUGGUCCUCAUUGGCUUGAAUGAAUCUGCUUUUGCACCAAAGAUCUUCAAUCUUUUCAACCACUUAAACAAUAAAAUCUUUUCUCCUAAGGCCAAGAAAUAUCUGACUGAAGAUUAUAUGAAAAAUGACUCUAUAUCAAGGUCACUUUGUUGCCUUAUGAACACUUUGAAUGAUGACUUGAAGGAGAAUGGCUUUGACUCUCUGGAAUUCCAUUUUGCUCUUCAACAAAUCAUAUCACCAUUUGAAGCUUCUGAUGAGACCCAAGAGUCAGCUACAGAAAUCCAAACAUGGUUUCAGCAGAUCCACAAUUCUCCCAAUGCCAAUAAAGCUGCUAGAAAAAUCCAAAACUGGAUUCAUAAAACUCUUGAUCGAAAGAAAACCCGGCAACUUCAUUAUGAUCCAUUGCUAGAAAAGACUUAUAAUGAAAGCAGAAUGGAUGUAAUCAAAGGAAAACUGAAUAAAACAAUUAAUAAUCACUCUAUUGAUAUGGACAAAGUUGAAGAAUGUGUUGAACUGCUAGAGGAUCUUAAGUACAUCCAUUAUGAGAAUGUUAAGCUAACAUUGGGCUCAUUGUCAACAACUGAGAAUGUAAUGGAACACAUGCGAGAAAACAUUGAAUGGUUGAAAAAUAAAUUACAAGAGGCACAUGAAAUAAUUAACCAGGUUUAUGGAUGGCUUGAUAAGUGCAAUAAAGGCAUAGGUGUAAAUUAG